GGGGCCAGAAGCAGAGCUGUGUAUCUCAGCCAUCUCGUCUCUUUUAGGCAGCCAGUCUACCUGAACAACCAUCACAAUGCUGUCCAUGUCAAGAUCCAGCGGUUCCUCUGCGCGCUUUGUUGGAGGUGGAGGCUUAGGUGGAGGCUUAGGUGGAGGCAGUGUGCGAAGGACGUAUGCUUCAAGUGUGCAUGCAGGUGCAGGUGGAAGUGGAGCAAGAAUUUCGGUUUCUGGUGGUGGUGGAGGUGGUUAUGGUUUUGGCAUGGGAGGUGGUAGUGGAGGCUUUGGUAGUGGUGCAGGCUUCGGUAGUGGUGCAGGCUUUGGUGGUGGUGGCGCAGGCUUUGGUGGUGGCGCAGGCUUUGGUGCAGGUGGAAUGGAUGUCAAUAUUGGGGCCAACGAGAAGGCCACCAUGCAGAACCUGAAUGACCGUCUGGCCUCCUAUUUGGAGAAGGUACGCAAGCUUGAGACGGCCAACGCUGAACUUGAGCUCAAGAUUAGGCAGUUCUUGGAAAAUAAGACCUCACCUUCUGCCCGCGACUACUCAGCUUACCAGGCCACCAUAGCUGACCUGCGAGGAAAGAUCCAGGAUGCCAUUUCUGUCAAUGGAGGAAUCUUUCUGGCCGUUGAGAAUGCAAAACUGGCAGCAGAUGACUUCAGAACCAAGUAUGAGAAUGAGCUUGCUAUGCGUACAUCAGUGGAGGCAGAUAUUGCUGAGCUAAAGAGACUGCUGGAUCAGCUGACACUGUGCAGAUCUGACCUGGAGAUGCAGAUAGAAGGACUCAAGGAGGAGCUCAUCUUCCUUAAGAAGAACCAUGAGGAGGAAAUGGCAGCAAUGAGGAACCAAAUGAGCGGUCAGAUCAAUGUGGAGGUGGAUGCAGCGCCACAGCAAGACCUGACCAGUGUUAUGGCUGAGAUCCGUGAGCAAUAUGAAGCUACGGCUGCCAAAAAACAGAAAGAACUUCAAUCUUGGUUUGAUCAAAAGUCAGAGGAGCUGGGCAAAGAGGUGGCAGCCAGCACAGAAAGUCUGCAAACAUCCAAAACAGAAAUCACCGAACUCCGUCGCACAUUGCAGGGCCUGGAGAUUGAAUUACAGUCACAGUUAAGCAUGAAAGCAGGCCUAGAAAGCACUCUAGCUGAAACAGAGGCACGCUACGCUAUGAAGCUCCAAGGCCUCCAGAUGCAAGUGACGAGCCUGGAGGAACAAAUCAUGCAGCUGCGUGCAGACAUUGAGCGGCAGAGCCAAGAAUACAAGAUGCUCCUCGACAUCAAAACACGCCUGGAAAUGGAGAUUGCGGAAUAUAAGAGGCUGCUGGAUGGAGAGGGCAGCAUUGGUUCUUCCUUCGGCACCAAAAAUAAAAAUGUGGUCGUGAUCACUGAGGAAAUAAAGGAUGGCAAGGUGGUGUCCUCCUCCUCCUCCUCCACCACCGUUCUUAAGUAGAAAUCAUCUCAAGCAGCAAAUGCAACGCAUUGUGCAAUACCUGGAGGGCACAAACUCAACAUCUGAACCACGACUACUUUAAAUACAAAAGUGAAAGCAAUAAAAGGUUCCCAUUUUGCUGACUUCAA